GAGCUCAAUUCCUCAGGGGUUGCAGUUAUUCUCCGAGGGUUAAAUGAGCGAGAGAGAGAGGGGGGGAAAACGCUUUCGCGUCGAGAUUCGUUUAUAAAAGUGACAUAUAUCUCAAUGUGAUGCAUAUUCGUGGCUUUUGAGAUAAUGAGAUAAGUGUUUUUUUCUCUGUCCCAGAAUAACCAACUUAUCCUCAACAUUUGUUAAAAACAGAGGUUUGAGAGGAUACAUGCUGACCUCUAAAAAGUGCGGAGUCAUAAAAGGCAAUGAUUUCCAAGGAUGCCCCACGAAUUCGUGAGCAGAACCUUCUGAAGGACGUUUUUGAAGUGUCUCGAUCCACCCCGACCUCGCUUCAGCGAUGUUUCAGCGAUCCGGAAUUUUUCAGGAAGCAACAACUCCAAGCGCAACGGGAAAGAGAGGAAGAGUCGAACGACUCCGUGGAAAAUAUAGUCAGUGGUAGUUGUAAUCGAGGCUCGACCAGUUCUAGUCGAGAGAAUAACGCGUGCACUGAACCUGUGACUGCAAACGGCAGAAUCGCAGAAGAUUUGAAAGAGGUAAUCACGAACGGAGUCUCAGAAAAGGACGACAGUGACAAUUACGAUAAGUUAAUAAACGGAAGAGAAAUGGCACCAGUUCUGGGGGUACCACCUCCUCCGCCAACUCCUCACAUGGGACCAGAUGGUCUAAUAUUACCAAAAAAGCCUUAUAAUCCAUGCCUGACUUCUGGUAGCCACAAGGACCUUCACAAAGAAUUACUCUUUAAUCAAAAAGUAGGGAGGAAUGUCUUGAAUCAAAAAAGUGAGCUCCAGAGGGCUUUGGAGAGGCACAGAGAAGCAGUUUCAAGAAGAGAAGCCGAGAGAAAUAAGGACGAGUGCUUCAAAGACGAUCCCAGAACCGCUCUCCAAAGAGCCAUUGAACAAAGAGCGAAGCACAUACAGUUAAUGCAAGAGCAAGUUCAACAAGUGGAACCACCAAACCCAUUGGUAACAGCCAGAGCCAAGCUUCGGUCUCGCAUGGAUUCUCAAUAAGAUAAUAAAACCAGUUGCCUAAGAUAAUUUUUAGUUGAAAAAAAAAUGAUAGUUGCCUGCGAUCGUAAUUAGUUGUAAUAUUUUAUGCGACUAUCAACCGACUGUAUAUACCUCUAUAUAUGUGGAAUGACAUGUGUGAAUGCAAGUGUAAUUCAUUAGAAAUACUAGAUUUAGAAAUUUUCUUUUUUAUAUGCUAAUUAUUUAUAGAAUAUUCUUAGUUUUAUUUGCUCACAACUAUCAUUUUAAUAUACUUAAUUUGCCAUUACUUCAGUGUUUCCCUUAACUUUUUAGGAAUUUAUAUGCAUGAAUGAGAAUAAAUUCAGAUUUUACGGAUUAUUAAUUAUAAGUUUUGAUUUUAAGAAAAAUCGGUGCAUAACCUGAAGUAUUUGAAAAUCCAUGAUAUAGAGCCGUCUAUUUUAAAGAGAAAAGUCUGGUUGAUAGGCCCGAUUGUCUAUGAAUGAAUAAUGUGUAUGAGGCCAUGUUUGUUUUCAAAGUAAACACAUCUAUUUUAAGAAUAAAAACAGUUUACGUGUAUUUUAAUCGUUUAAGUUGCUUUAAAUAAUGAAGUACAAAAAAAAGUAUAGUUGAUUUAGAAAAGGAAUUGAUAUGUAAUUAGGUUUGAUUGAUUGUAAAACUCUGCAAAUAUGUAACAGAGUAUUAUGUAAUUUGAACAAAGUAGUUUUAGACAAAAACUCGAAACAGAUAGUGAACACUGUUUUACGAAUUAUGUAAAGAGUGACCUCGUUGAAUGACAACCAAACAUUGUUGGAAAUGAAAAUAAAAUUCCAAAUAUAUUUUAUUCAA